UUUUUGGGAAAGGGUCGGGAAAUGCCUGCUAGUGGUUAUGAUAACGUGAGGGAUUUGCAGGCUGAAUGGGUCAGUUUGUUCGAGCUCAUCAGUGAUUCUGUGGAUGCCCGGAGUUCCAUUUAUCAGGAUUUGCAGGCGGAAAUUGACUCGCACAAAGAAACACAUUCGUCGCUGACAACGACGGGUCUGAAGAUCCAACAAUCUUUGGAGACCCCGGAAGAAGCGGCUGCUUUAAGCCAACGUUUGAAUGAUGUCAACGCGAAAUGGAAUGGACUCAAGGACCGAUCAGCUGCUCUCCGUUUUCCAAGUCGAGUGGGAGGAAGUGUAAUCGUCGAUGUGUCGAGUGGCACAUGCGUGUUUUUCUUUUUUACUGGUUCGGGAACUUCCGACACCGACUUGCACUUGUUGCUUGUCGUCGUGACACCGGAAACUUGUUGGGAAUCCUCGCACCUGCGUGAUGAUUGA